CUGCAGAGCAGCGUGACGGAGUUCGUCUUCUCUCAGGAGGAAUACCGACAGCUGCAGGUGGAGUUCUGGUCCAAGUUUUACGCCUGCUGCCUUCAGUAUCAGGAGGCUCUGGCCAUGCCGCUCGGCCUGACGGUCAGCGCUCACACCAGCAUGGUCUGCCUGCUGAAGAAGGGUUUUGUUUCCUUCCUCCUUCCUUGUUUGGCCGUGGAUCACUUGUACCUCUCCUGUGACGAGUAUCUGUUCUCAGAGGACGAGACGCCCGUCACAGAAGAUCCCGAGCUGGGCCGAGACGUCCUGCAGCUGGUUCAGUGUCUGCGGCUGGUGAGCGACGCCGUUUCAGGAGAGAUGGCGUACAACAUGGAGAAAGCUCUGGAGCACGUGGAGUCACCGGAGAGAGCCGCCGAGCUCAUCCUGGAGACCAUGCUGUCUGAUGACAACGAUAACGUGAUCGAGGACAUCCAGAACAAACUGCAGGAUGUUCGUAACCCGACGGCGGCCAUGAUGAUCCUGCUGAGGGAGAUGGACCUGGAAACGGACGCGGAGGUCGGAGGAGACGGUCACAUGAUGCCUGGUCAGACUCUGAACAUGAGGAUCAGUCUGUCUCAGCUGUACGGCAGCAGCGCGGCCGUGUCUCUGGUCUGUCAGGCCGUCUGUCACAUGGCCAUGACCAGAGUCCACUUCUGUCGAGACCUGCUCAUCCUGCAGAAGCUCUACCUGCGCUUCGGAGACAAUGUGUUUCUUGGUGGAGGGGCUCAACUGUUACAGCUCCAGCAGGACCUGAUUCCUCGAAGCUCCCACCUCCUCUCAUCCUAUUACCUCCUCAGACACAUCAGUCAGAGUCUCACCUCAGCUGUUCCCACGGACACCAU